GUAGUAGGAGCAUUAACCAUGUCGAAUAUUGAAGACCGAAUAGCUGCUAGGCGGAAGAACUAUAAGAAAACUGGAGACUUCGAAGACUCCCGUCGUCGAAGGGAGGACGAGGCUGUACAGAUCCGAAAGGCCGAGAAGGAGAAGCAGUUGGCUCAUAGGCGUAGAAUGGACAUGGAAGCCACACAGCUGACUAGUAAUGCACAGUCGGGGUCGUCGGGCAUGCCUAACCUUGCUGAGCUACAGGAGGCAGUGAUAGGGUGCAAUGCUGCUGAUCCUGAUACACAGUUCAAGGCCACACAGUACGUAAGGAGGUUGCUCUCUAUUGAGAAGAACCCUCCAAUACAAUAUGUCAUCGACGCUGGGGUUGUACCACGUAUGGUGACGUUCUUGCAAGACACUCAGCGGCCAAAGCUUCAGUUCGAAGCGGCCUGGGUCCUGACCAACAUUGCUAGUGGUACUCGAGCCCAGACGGAAACAGUUGUAGCCGCUGGCACCAUCCCUCUAUUCAUCGCUCUGUUGGGAUCACCUGACGCUGAAGUCCGUGAGCAAGCUGUGUGGGCUUUGGGGAACAUCGCUGGCGACUCCCCUAGACUGCGGGAUAUGGUACUGGACGCCAACGUUUUACCAGGCAUGAUGAACUUGUUCAACGAUGACUCUGACAAGUUCUCGCUCUUCCGCAACGCUACUUGGGCUCUAUCCAAUUUGUGCCGAGGGAAGCCUCAGCCGCCCCUCCAGGCUGUGGCGCCCGCCCUACCACUCCUUUCUCAACUCAUCAAUAGCAAUGACGUCGAGGUUAUCACAGACGCUUGCUGGGCUCUGUCCUACGUCACUGAUGGUCCUAGCGAGCGCAUCCAAGCAGUAUUGGAUACUGGUGCAUGUCCACGUUUGGUAGAGCUGCUGAAGCACGACAGCUCUCUGGUGCAGACCCCUGCCCUCAGGUCCGUUGGCAAUAUCGUCACUGGCGAUGAUAAUCAGACCCAACAGGUCCUCAAUUGCGGUGGACUUGCAUCGCUUCAUGCCCUCUUGUAUAGUCCUAAAAAGAACCUCCGAAAGGAAGCGUGUUGGUCUAUAUCCAACAUAACAGCAGGGAAUAGGGAGCAGAUACAGGAGUGCAUCAAUAGUGGGAUGUUCGGUAAGCUGAUUGAGCUCUUGACCAACGCAGAGUUUGACGUGAAGAAGGAAGCUGCCUGGUCUGUAUCUAACGCCACUGCUGGGGGUACUCCAGAGCAGGUCGACUACCUAGUUCAGAAUGGGUGCAUCAAACCACUGUGUGACCUCCUUGAUGUUACUGAUACCAAGAUAGUAGGAUGCUGUCUUGAGGGCAUCGACAACAUAUUGAGGGUAGGAGUCUUGGCCCAGGAGAGGAACCCCGACCUUGCUGAGAAUCCGUAUCUCCAUCUUAUCGAGGAAGCCGAUGGGAUGACAAAGAUCGAGGACCUCCAGGCUGAUCAAAAUGAUGUCAUUUAUGAGAAGGCUGUGCAUAUACUAGAGAGUUACUUCCCUGUCGAAGAGGAUGAUGAGGAUGGUAGCCUAGAGGACAUGGACAGUACCAACACUGGCUUUGCUACCGCUGGCUCGUCCGCGACUAACCAGCAGCCUACUGGUGGUUUCCACUUUUAGAGUGUGACCUUUCCCACGAGCAGUUACUUGUAGACUAUUGCUUUGCCUGUAAUCGCUUUCCUCUGUUUCCC